AUGGGUCCGUUUCCAGUAGUGGAGCGAGUUGGGCCAUUGGCUUACAGGCUGGAGUUGCCUGAGAUUAUGAAAGCCUUUCACAAGGUUUUUCAUGUGUCGAUGCUGAGGAAGUGUCUUCACCCUACAGAGGAGUUAGUGGCUAGGAUUCCAGAGGAUCUUCAGCCAGAUUUGACAGUGCCGGCAGUGCCUGUGAGGAUUUUAGAGAGGAGGGAAAAGGUUCUGAGGAACAAGAGGAUUCCCUUACUGAGGAUUUUGUGGGAUUGCAGUGGUUCUACAGAGGAGACUUGGGAGCCAGAGGCAAAGAUGAAGUUGAAGUUCAGGAAGUGGUUCGACAAGCAGAAUUUUUACUCUAAGGAUUGCGAUCUGAAUAACUCAUCAUGUUUUUGGAGACUUCGUUCUCUGGCAGACUCUCUGGGUGCAAGUAGGCCUCAGUUGAGUGUAGCUUAUCUGGGUGCAAGUAGGCCUCAGUAUAAGCAGUUUGGUUCAUCUGGGUGCAAGUGGGCCUCAGUAUGGACAGUUUCGGGUUCGUCUGGGUGCAAGUGGGCCUCAGUGACCGGUGUGGACUUGUCUGGGUGCAAGUGGGCCUCAGUACAAGUGGUGAGGAUCUCCAGUGUUGCGGCCUUGCGAGGUCGGGUUUUUGUGGUCUUUGUGACGUUUGUUUUGGGAUUCGAGGACGAAUCCAGUUUAGUGGGGGAGAAUUGUAACAUCCGUAGACCAAAGAAUUGUGAUUUUUCUUUAGUGUCGGUCGACACCAGGGUGGUGUCGGUCGACACCAAUGGUUAA